ACAGUUGCUCGUUGGCAGGGGAUGUACUUAUAAGGUUCCAUUGCUUACAGGGGCGUGGCCUGUUGCAUAGGAAACCAAAACGAACAAAAAAAACCCCCAAAAGGUCUUGCUGUUUGUAGUGAAAUCUAAUUAUUACGUGAUUCAUGCAGACCCGGAGUCAUUAGGUCCUGUUAAUCAUUAUUACAAUAAUCUGCAGUUAUUAGAUUAUUUUACACACGCAAACAAUAUCAGUCUUUUAGUAAAGUUGUGCAGAAAUGUGUGUGCAGGCCAAACCGAACUAAAAUACCUCCUAUAUUUACAAAAUAUCUCUGAUUUUCUUUGUACUCGGUUUGAUAAAUGCCGAUCAACCGUAAAUUAUCAUGCAUGUGUACGGGAUAAUUGAUUUACGUUUAACCACGCCCACAAAACCCCAUAAAAGGGACCAUAUCGAGAGCGCAGGUCAUGUGUGUGUGCUCCGGGACACCAGAGAGUUCAGCUCGGCUUCUGAGAUAACGCUGCUGAUGAGUCAACAUCAAGAACCAUUUGACGCAGCUCUGGCGAUUCAUCUGUUUAAAGGAGGAAGACUCCUCUUAGAUGUCGGCGUGCCUUUCGGAGUGGUCUUCGGAGGGACGGACAUCAACGAGGACGUGAAGGACGAACACAAGCGGAGUGUCAUGGAGGAAGUUCUGCACAGAGCCAGGUUUGCAGUAGCAUUCACAGAGGAGAUGAAGCAGAAAGCUAAGACUUAUUUGGACUGCGACAUCGCUGAGGUCCACGUUCAGGCUCAGGGAAUCGAGACGAGACCGAGCUCCGACUUCAGCUGGACCGAUUUCUUACACACUUCAGAGGAUUCUGCUGAUGGAGGAUGUCGUUUGUUUGGGUUCGUAGGAGUGCGUUUGGAUCGAGUAGAUGACCUACACGUGUUCCUGUUAGUGUGUGGACUCAGAAAAGUGAAGGACCCGCUCUACCUGCUGAAGGCCUUCUCAGAAUGGCAUACCCAGAACCCUCUGGUGAUCCUCAUCAUCAUCGGCCCAAAGAUCGACCCGGUGCUCAGCUCGGAAGUUGAAGAGUGUGUGAAAAGAUCCGCUGGAGUAUUUUUAGCGGCGGAGAGGAGUCAGGAGGAACUCCACGCCGCCAUGAGGAAAUCAUUCGCCGUGGUCAACUCGUCCGUGUCGGAAGGCAUGUCCGCCGCCAUCUUAGAGGCCAUGGAUUUGAGUGUGCCGGUGUUGGCGAGGGAUAUUCCCGGGAACGCCGCGGUCGUCCGACACGAGCACAGCGGCCUGCUCUACUCGUCCCCCGAGGAGUUCGUGCUUCUGUCUAAGAGACUGCUGCGUGACGAGGAACUGCAGGAGAACCUGAGAACCAACGGGAAACGCUACGUGACGGAGAGGCACGACGCUGCGAAGGAGCGGACGACGUACCGCCACCUGGUGGAAAAACUGCAGUAACCCGCGGAGAAGCCUGGCCGUUCUUCUAGUUCCUCACACGUCAGUCCGAGGAGAACUUCUACGAGUCCUCUCUUGUAUUUUUAACACGCGGUGUCUUUGCAACAGCAACAUUUUGUUUCUCGGAACAGUUUUGAUUCAAGUGAAUCCGAAUCGAACGGGUUUUUAUAAAACGUUUAGUUUCAUUGCACUCGGAAAAGAUCCUCAGUAGAUAUGUUUACGGAAUCGUCUCGCUAGUUCAGCUGCUUCGUCUUCUAGGAACACUUCCGACAUUCCAGAGCUCUAUAACGAGCUUAACGAGUGUCUGUACGGCGGAGGGAAACCUUUUUAAACCGAACACCAGGCUCCGUUUUAUCCUGAAAAAUAAUCAAACGUGAUCAAAUACGUCGUGUUACAUAACUACAUGCACGACUCGGUGCUAUUAUUACAUUUUCAGACAAACUCUCUUACACAGAGCAUAUCAUUUACAUAUUACGUACCUAAUUAGUGUCAUGUAUAUUAAUAUUCACGUAUUAAUUAUAAUAAUUAUUAUAAUUAAACGUAUAUUUUAUUCGAUAUUGCUUCAGUCAUUUAAUACCAACCCCAAACUGGAGCAUUAGAAAUGGAUAACAGGUCUGUAGACAGUGCGUACGCAUACACUCUUCUGCGCUUUGCUUGUCCCUUUGGAGGAACCGUUAAAGGUUCUACGUAGAACCCUACAACCACUUUCCUUCCAAGCAGAACCAUGUUGUGUACGAUUAAAACCAUUCAUUGUCCAAUAAACCUUUAAAGAACCCUCGAAGAACCCUUUUUUCUAUGAGUGUAUGUAUUUACAGGGUACGUGUGCGGUACAAACUCCAAAUUAUUGCUCAUUAUUCAGUUCUUAGUAUCUAGAACCUGUCAGUUUAACAUCUAGUUCUUGGUUGAGAGUUCCUCUGUUAGAAAAAUGGUUCUUUAAGUGUUCACUGGAUAAUUAAGGGUUCUAAGUUUUCAAAAAUUAUAAUUUUCUGGUAAGACGAGACUUUUAUAGGGUUCUACCCAGAGGGACAGUUGGAGAACCAGGUUUCUAAACGAAGAGUGUACUGUCUUAGGACCUGUGCAGUUUGAUGUUGGUUUUAAAUGACAGUAAACGAUGACUAAAAUAUAUCUUUAAGCGUAAUAAUUGACGUAAAAAGAAAGCGUUUAAUAUAAAAGUGACGUGAUUAUGGUGAUAUGAUAAUUAGGUACUAGAUAGGAAUGUCGGCGCGUCUGAAAAUUUCUGAUCUCCACGGCAACCAGUUUUUAGGUCUGGUGUUUUAUACUGUUUUAAAUGACGUACUGUUUACAGAAAUAUAAAUAUAAACCAUAUAUUAGCUUAGUAAUGCUCAAACUGCUUGUUUUUAGGAAUAACCUUUACAUACCGCAGGUUUGGAAAUGUACUCCGGUUGAUCGUGUAAAUGCUGUAAAUCCUCAGAAAAUGCUUUUUUUUUUGUAUAAUUAUAUUUAUUCAUUAUUCUUCUGAAUGCACUCAGUUGAUGUAGGUCUUCUGAAUGCACUGCAUGAAAAAUUAAAGAGUGUUUUAAAUAAAAAUGAGGCUCCGCUUGAUUGAUAUAAUGUAAAAUAUACCAUGUGUAGGCGGUCUUUAAAAACAACAUGGUCUCAGUUUAUUAGUGUUAUUUUUUUGUAAGUUUCGUACGUCAUCACUGAAAGAUCGAGCAGCUCAUCAGAUCUGUUCAUUCAUAAUUUAAUAAACGUUGAUGAUUUUUGGCUGUAAAAUCAGUACUUGGCAGAAAUGAUCUGCCUUUAUUUAUUUAUUUAUUUAAUAAAGGCAGAUUGAAUGUUUAUGGUAGAUGUUUAAAAAGCGUCCACAUAUUUAAAGACUAGUUAAAAUAUUUCUUCUUUUUUUUUUUUGUAAGACGUCCUCGAUACAGAUGAUAAAAUUGUAGUUUAAGCUUCAGGAUUUAUACUUUCAGUGUAAAUUGGAUACUGAGGAAAAGUUCUCUUGAUGGUGCUGUGGUUAGGGAUCGUCUAUAAAGUGACACGUUCCAACAAGAAACGUGUUUAAUCAUUUCUUCAUACAGGAAGCGUCUUGAAGCUGUCAUUACAAACAAAGGCUUCUGCAUUAAGUAUUAAAUACAUUUCAAAUGUCAUAUAGUCAUAUAUAUAUAUAGUAUAUCAGGAAUUUAGAGUCAAUAAUAAUACAAGAUAAAAUCAGGUGGAGUUUUUGACCUUCCUAUUUCCCUCAUUAGAUCUAAGCGGCCAUGAAUGAGUACUUUUUAUCUGUUGUGUUCUUGUGAUCUCGGCUUAAUUUCCCCGUGUACUGAACAUCCAUCAUCCCGAAGUCAGUGGGUUUCUGAAUGGGUUUUUUGGGUAAAUGCCUGAAAUAAGGUCUGUGGUUAACACAAGC